AUGGAGAGGUUUUCUUUUCUACUUUUCUGCCUGCUUUAUGUUCUGGUUCGUUUAAGCACUGGACAGCACCAUUUACGCGCGCCUAUGGGGCCAUGGAGACAGAGAAUCCAAUGGGAGAACAACGGUCGGAUGUAUAGUUUACUCAGCACGCGGUCUGAAUAUCACGCAUCGACACAGGCGAGGAGAGUACCUACUCAGCUCUAUCUGACCACCAAGAAUGAUUUCAACAUACGUCACCCACCUUCUGCGCCAAAUAGAUCCUCUAGAACUAGAGCAUUGGAUCUGGAGGAUGCUCCGAGAGCAUUCGAUGGAAACCCAGCAUAUUCUGAACGCACUGCGGACAGUGAGUCAGAAGCCUCGGUUAUGGGCUCCGAUGUUGGUCACUACAUCCUCGCCACUAGGCGCCACAGCACGAGCGCAACGAGGGACACGGUUCCGGUGGCGGGAUACCCAGGAGCGCGUCCCCCUCCCCAAGGAGGCACUGGCUACACUUCCAACGGUACCGGUCCCGGGGCUCUCCAGGAGUUCUCAGGCAGUGGGAUCCCGAGGGGAGGACGAAACCCUACUCGGGAUGAUGUCAGCCUGCCGGUUCGUCGACAGGUCUCUGUGUCACCGGUUAGGAGCGAAGAGAAUACGCAUGGUCGCGGCACUAGCCAGGCGCGACAUGAGAGCCCAGAAGCAUCAACCCACCCACCCACAUCUGGCUACGUGAAUAAUGCCGAGGAUGCAGGCAACAGACAACGCGCCCAGCGCACUGCCCAAGCGGCGGAUUCCAUUCCCUCAUCCAGACGCAUUCCAGCUCCAGAAUCAAAUGCAUCUCCAACUGCGCUGAGUGUGCUUUCUAACAAUGGCGUGGAGGCGCACAUCACUCGCUCGCAGCCCCAGCAACCAAGGACGGUUGAAAGUAAUAAUAUGAUAGGUGAUGAUGGUGGUGAUCCCACGGACCCAAAUAAAAACCACCAAAAUUAUGUUUUUUAUAACAUAUACCCGUCAGGCGGAAGAACCAGAGAACCUGUGCGUCUUCCACCAGGAACAGGCUAUGGCACCAGAUUAUUUCAUAACGGUCUCCCAGACCUUGUUCCUGACCCCUACUAUAUCCAAACUGCUUCUUAUAUCCAACGAGUACAGAUGUAUGCCCUGAGAUGUGCAGGAGAGGAAAACUGUCUGUCACGGUCAGCGUAUCGACCAGGUGUCAGAGACAUCGACUACAGGACUCUGCUGAGGUUUCCCCAGAGGGUGAAGAACCAGGGGACAGCUGACUUCCUCCCAGUCAAACCCAGACACCAAUGGGAAUGGCACAGCUGCCACCAGCACUACCACAGCAUGGAGGCCUUCAGUAACUAUGACCUGCUGGAUGUCAUCACAGGCAGGAAGGUGGCAGAGGGACACAAGGCCAGCUUCUGUCUGGAGGACACCAGCUGUGACCUGGGAGUCCGCCGACGCUUCGCCUGCACAGCACACACACAGGGAUUGGGUCCUGGUUGCUAUGACACCUACAAUGCCAACAUUGACUGCCAGUGGAUUGACAUCACGGACGUGCCACCGGGAAACUAUAUUCUCAAGGUGACGGUAAACCCAACUAUGCAAGUGCAGGAGUCAGAUUUCUCAAACAACAUAGUGAAGUGUGACAUCAGGUACACAGGAAACUAUGUCCAAGCCAGGAACUGUAGGAUCACUGGGUAA